AUGGGUAGUUGGUCUUCUCUUAGCCCUUCUCUUCCGCUACGUCCGGUUCUUUCAUCUCUUUCUUCUUCUUUUUCUUCUAAAGCUGCAAAAACACAUCCUCGAGCAAGUGUUGUCAAAUUGUUGAAAAACUCUGCAGAAGAUGAUGGAUGCAACAAGUCAAGUAGUACAGGCACCUCCAUUAGUGUUGAGGAAGCAUUCCGCCGAUACCACCAAAUGGUUCACUCACAACCCUUUCCAAAAAUCGUCGCUUUCAAUCAACUAUUUGUGAGAGUUGCCAGAUGCAAACACUAUUUGACUGUGAUCUCUAUGUACAAAAAUAUGUUUUCUUUGCAAAUACAGCCAGAUAUCUUGACUCUGAACAUCUUACUCAACUGUUUCUGUGGGUUGAAUCGGACAGAUUUCGGCUUCUCUGUCUUUGGGAUCAUCCUGAAACUUGGCUUCCAGCCAGAUAUUGUCACAUUGACUACUCUACUUAAGGGGCUCUGCACGGUGGAUAAAAUUGCAGAGGCUAAAGAGUUGUUCUACAAAAUAGUUAAAGAAGGGUAUCUUGGUAAUGUAAUCACGUACGGAACCAUAAUCAAUGGGCUCUGCAAGACUGGAAACACUUGUGAGGCUCUUGAAAUGUUUAGGACAAUGGAACUCAAGGGUAAAUGUAAGCCUGAUGUUACCAUGUAUACUGCAAUCAUCGAUGGCCUUUGCAAAGAUGGAAUGGUAAAUGAGGCACUGAACCUUUUCCUUGAUAUGGUCGGGAAACACAUCUCCCCUAAUGUUGUUACCUACAGUAGUUUGAUUCAUGCAUUUUGCAAUUUAGGUAUGUGGAAAGAAGCUUCAAAUUUGAUCCAUGAAAUGUUGAACCAUGGAGUAUCACCAGAUGUCAUUACCUUCAACAUUAUGAUAGAUGGUCUUUGCAAAGAAGGAAGGGCUGUUGAAGCCAAUAAAUUGUUUGAAUUGAUGCUUCAAAGAGGACUAAAGCCUGAUGUUGUCACUUUAAGCUCUUUGAUUCAUGGCCUAUGCAAUGCUGGCCAAUUAAGAAAAGCCACUGGGUUGCUGAAGAAAAUGUUGGGUUUAGGAAUCUCUCCUGAUGUCGUGACUUUCAGCAUUCUGAUAAAUGGUCUUUGCAAAGUCAAAAAGACUGCUGAGGCACAUAAGUUGUUUGAAUUGAUGCUUCAAAGAGGACAGAAGCCCGAUGUCGUCACUUUCAGCUCUUUGAUUCAUGGCGCAUGCAAUUCUGGCCAAUGGGACGAAGCCAUUGGAUGGCUAAAUAAAAUGUUGGGACUAGGAGUCUCUCCUAAUGUCGUGACUCUCAACAUUCUGAUAGAUGGUCUUUUCAAAGCCAGAAGGACCGCCGAAGCACAUAAGUUGUUUGAAUUGAUGCUUCAAAGAGGACAGAAGCCCGAUGUCAUCACUUUCAGCUCUUUGAUUCAUGGCCUAUGCAAUUCUGGCCAAUGGGAAGAAUCCACUGGAUGGCUAAAUAAAAUGUUGGGACUAGGAGUCUCUCCUAAUGUUGUGACUUUCAACAUUAUGAUAGACGGUCUUUGCAAAGAUGGAAGGAUUGCAGAAGCACAUAAGUUGUUUGAAUUGAUGCUUCAAAGAGGACAGAAGCCCGAUGUUGUCAUUUUCAGCUCUAUGAUUCAUGGCUUAUGCAAUUCUGGCCAAUCAGAAGAAGCCGUUGGAUUGCUAAACAAAAUGUUAGGUUUAGGAAUCUCUCCUGAUAUCGUGACCUUAAGUAUUUUGGUUUUUGGUGUAGACAAUUCUGGCAAGUGGAAAGAAAUCACUAAAUUGUUGACUGAAUUGUUGGAUUAAGGAAACUCACCUAAUGUAGUGACCUUCA